UUUUCUGUAAUGCUGUUGCAGAUGGGAUCUUAUGAGCAAGAUCCAGAGAGCCUAACUUUAAUUGAGGCUUUUGAGCCAGGGAGGAAGGGUACUUCUUACCAACAUCAAACAUGUCGGGUCCGCAUGAAAACAUUUGCUGUGACAGUGGUUUCCAUGCCAUUCUUUGCAUUCCUCAUCUGUAUAUUGUGGUCCAUCUUCUAUAAUUUUGAAGAAUCAACUGCCACACAUUGCCAUGUCAUGAAUUAUCUUCCAUCUAUCUCUGCUGCAAUUGGUUAUGAACCUCAGACAUAUAUAUGGAAAGUUGCUAUAGCCAUUCACUUCCCCCCACGCCUUCUUGUGGCCAGCUAUUACUACACACUCUUCAAGGAGAAUGUGAAGUCAUCUUUCAUUCAUCUUUCAAAUGCAGCCUGUGUCAUCCAUGUGGUAGAAAACUUUGCUCUUGUGGGCUUGUCUUUUGUGACAUCACGUGAAAACUUUGAAAUUCACAAGACAUUCUUUGUCAUCUUCCUCAUCUGCUCUGAAGCGUACAUGAUGCUGUCUCUCCUGCUAUUCACAUAUGGUUGGAGACUGAAGUACACAGGAUUCAUCCACAAGAAGUCUGUAUUAUGGAAAUGUCGCCUGGCUGCUUUGAAUCUCGCAUGCUGUGUUUUGACUGUUCGGUUCUAUCAAAGACACAAUGCUCUCUGUGAACCACUAAUGUAUACGUGGUUUUGCCUGGCUGAGUAUGUAGUUGUGUUGAGCAAUAUGGGUUUCCACAUGACUGCCUAUUUGGACUUCCAUGACAAGAUCAUCUCUGUGCCUCGAUUCUCAUAACAUCACCAUGUUACUGUUUUCCACUGUGAUUCUAUCCAAUCUAGUCAUGUGCUCUGUCUUUCCCCGUCUCAAUGUGGAUACAUUCCCGAUCUUAUCUUGUUAAUCUACCAAGUUUAUUUUUCUGGGAACAAGGUCAUUUAUUCAAGAGCA